AAACUGCAGUGUAGUGAACCAGCUUAUUAAUAUUGUAAUUCUAAACCUCUAGUGGAAGAGGCUUGUAAACUGCAGUGCAGUGAACCAGCUUAUUAAUAUUGCAAUUCUAAACCUCUAGUGCAAAGGUGCGCAACUAAACUUUUAUUAUGGGCCGCAUAUCCAGAAAACUAGUUUAACCUAAUGUGUGUAGCGGUCUGCACAUUACCAAAGAAUAAUCUGAGUUUAACCCUUAGCAGCAAUAUACAUAGGCAUAUUUUGGUUCAUUUUGUUUCGUACUGCACGAUACACAUCACAAACAAAAUAUACAAAACAAUUAAACACAAAGCAUUAAUGUCGUAUUGUUAUACCAUAUACACACGCAUUGCACAACAAUACAAAGCACAUUAAAUAUCUACUUGCUGAAGCGGUUUUUAUUUUAGCCGACAAGUUGUUCAGUUGCAAUAAUAUUAUUAAUUGUUUAAGGGCUGGACAAGAUCUUCCAUGUGUGCAGAUCGGCUGUGUGGUCUUGCCCUGCUUUGCUGUCACAGAGAUGAGAUUGAUCUCUCCACGACAGACAUGUUGCAGAAAUGUGAUGACAGUGGUCACAGGAAGAUUGGCAAACUACUUUAAAAUGAGCUGCACGUGAUGAUGUGUAAACAAGCCAAUCGGAGCAGUGCAUUUCCUGAAUGAGAACACGUAUAUUCCUGUAUAUCGCUGCUGUCACAGCCCUGUACAAAACCACACAGUCCGUAUUAUAUUGCAGAGUCAGAACCGCAGUACUCACAAGUCUAUAAUAGUGUCGUAUUCAGAAACAAAAAACAACAAACUGUUAACUAACCGUUUGUAUUUAAACAAACUGCAUAUAACAAUCUGCUGAUAUCCUCUCUGUGUCGUUAUAAACCUCGGGGGGAGAGGGUGGGCGCGGCGCAGGUCUCGGCUGUGCUUGCAGAUUAUUCUUGGCUAGCUCCGUCCUGACUCAGUUAUGAACGAUGUUGCAAUUCGGGGAGGAGUUCAGUCGUUUCGUUUCCGCGCUCGGGCGCGCCCUUCCUGUCAGCGCACAUUCUCAGAGAGGAAGUUGAUUUCUAGCUGCGCAGUGCGGUCGAGUGGACAAAACAACGAGGAAGUUGGUCGUUGGUACUGUAACAAACACACACAACGCAGACUUCAGUCAGGAAGGAGGUGUAGCGGAGCAGAGUGAGUGUUAUAGGAGUUGAACCCAGGUCCGGUUAUAACCACUGAGCUCGUCUCCUGGAUCCUGCGCUGGGCUGAGGGAAGCGUCCGCUCUGCAGGAACUACUACCACAGAGCCCUUUUACUGCAAGACGAGGCCUGUGGAGGCGAUUGCCCAGCCAGGACUGUCAGAACGGCCCGGAGUCGCUGGGAGGCCAGCACUUCAGAAGCAACAGAACAGAAGGAAAUGAAGAUGAUAUUCCUGGGGAGGACCUGUCUCAUUGUCUUGAGUUUGCUACCAGCUGUUUCUACACAAGAUGCAUGGCGUGUCGUUGGCUCUGAUCAGCCUGUCAUUGCUGAGCCUGGUGAUGAUGUCAUCCUGCCCUGUCACAUUUCAUCCAGAAUCAGUGCUGUGGACAUGGAAGUGAGGUGGUACAGGGACAGAUUCGACACGCCUGUUCAUUUAUAUCUAAACAAAAAGGAUCAGCUAGGAAGACAGGACAUACCUUACCGGGGCCGCACUGCUCUCCCUCCCUCUGCACUGCAGACAGGCGAUAUCUCUCUGCAUCUGAGAAACCUCCAGCCCGCUGACACAGGCGUCUAUACCUGCUACGCUGAUAAUCAUGAUGAAGAAGGGCUUACUGAACUGAUAGUUACAGCUCUGGGGACCCAGCCCUCAAUCUCUAUGGACUCUACACAAGGAGAGCAGACCCGGCUGGUGUGUAGAUCAGAGGGGUGGUACCCUGAACCUGAAGUGAUCUGGAGAGACAGGGAUGGAAACAAUGUGACAUCACUGUCCAGCCCAACACUGCUGAGUGACAGUCGGGGACUCCUCAGUGUCAGCAGCUACAUCAAAAUCAAACAGCAGUCCAACGUGUUCUCCUGUCUGGUUAGAAGUAAAAUACCCAAACCAGACUGGGAAUCCAAACUCCACAUAUCCAGUGAUUUUUUCCCAGGAGUCUCUGGAUGGAUGGUGGCUUUCUUCUUGACUUUAGCUCUCAGUAUUGGAGCCAUUCCUCCGCUGGUGAUCCAAUGGAGAAGAAUGGAUGCCAUGGAGAGAAAGCUUGAGCCUAAGGCUGCUAAGUGCCUUCGUAAGGAACUUGAGUCUGUGAAGCGAGAGGUCCUUAAAUCAGAAUGGAAGUGGAUCCUCAGCUCAGCAGUUGAUGUGACUCUGGACCCUGAUACAGCACAUCCCCGGCUCAUCCUGUCUGCGGAGGGGAAACGAGUGAGAUGGGGAAAGACACGGCAGAGUCUCCCUGACAAUCCAGAGAGAUUUGAUCGCAGAUCUUGUGUGCUGGGCAAGGAGAGCUUCACCUCGGGGAGACGCUACUGGCAGGUGCAGGUGGGGUGGAAUAGAGACUGGAGAUUAGGAGUCAGCAGAGAGUCUGCCAAGAAGAAGGGGUGGUUUAGCAGGACCCCCCAGCAGGGUUACUGGACUGUGUGGUGGGAUGAAGAUCAAGAUGAGUUCACUGCUGUCGCUGACCCCGAGAUCCUCCUCCCCCUGAGCCUGAAGCCUCAGAAGCUGGGGGUGUAUCUGGAUUAUGAGGAAAAGCGGCUCUCGUUUUACAAUGUGGAGACCAGAUCUCACAUCUACACUUUCACUGACAUGGAGUUCAAUCCCAAUGAGAAACUCUAUCCAUUCUUCUGGACUGAGGACAAGAAUACAGCCCUUGUGCUCAAGUCCUGUGAGAAGAUUCUAGACUGGGAAUCGAUUCUUGCUGCAUCAGUUGGUGUGACUCUGGACCCUGAUACAGCACACCCCCUGCUCAUCCUGUCUGCGGAGGGGAAACAAGUGAGAAAGCAAGUGACACUGCAGGAUCUCCCUCACAAUCCAGAGAGAUUUAAUUACAAGCCCUGUGUGCUGGGCAGGGAGAGCUUCACCUCGGGGAGACGCUACUGGCAGGUGCAGGUGGGGGGGAAUACAUCGUGGAUAUUAGGAGUCAGCAGAGAGUCUGCCGAGAGGAAGGGGCGGAUCAACAUGACCCCCCAGCAGGGUUACUGGACAGUGGGGUGGAGUGGAGGUUGGUUCACUGCUCUCUCUGACCACUGGGCCCCCCUCCCCCGGAACCUGAAGCCCCAGAAGCUGGGGGUGUAUCUGGAUUAUGAGGAAGGGCAGCUCUCCUUUUACAAUGUGGAGACCAGAUCUCACAUCUACACUUUCACUGACAUGGAGUUCAAUCCCAAUGAGAAACUCUAUCCACUCUUCUAUACUGGGGACAAUGAUACAGCCCUUGUGCUGGAGUCCCCUGACCCUGACCCUGUCAGCGCUGCAGAUUAAACACACAUUGCUGUCUGAACCAGGAAACUAUUCAAACAGCUCAGACAAUCUCCUCUUCACUUUCACUGACACUCUCUCUGCACUCUUCUGGGCUGAUGAGAAGAAAUCCUCUCUCUUCCACCCUCUUACCCUGAGCCCCUCCUCUUUAUUUCUCAACACCCCCUUUCCUACUCUCCCUUCCUGUCUCUCUCUCUCUUUACCUCCACCUCUCCUUAUCUCUCUUUCUCUCCUCUCUCCCUCCCCUAUGGCUCCUCUCUCUCUUUCCCUUCCCUCUGAUAUGUUAAUCCCCUCCCUUUCCCACUCCCUCUCUCAACCCUGCCUUCUCUACUCUCCCUCUCUCCUCCAUCCUCUCUACUCUCCCUCUCUCCACCCUGCGUUCUCUACUCUCCCUCUCACCUCCAUCCUCUCUACUCUCCCUCUCUCCACCCUGCCUUCUCUACUCUCCCUCUCCUCCCUGCCCUCUCCACUCUCCCUCUCUCCUCCAUCCUCUACUCUCCCUCUCUCCUCCCUGCCUUCUCUACUCUCCCUCUCUCCACCCUGCCUUCUCUACUCUCCCUCUCUCCUCCAUCCUCUCUACUCUCCCUCUCUCCACCCUGCGUUCUCUACUCUCCCUCUCUCCACCCUGCGUUCUCUACUCUCCCUCUCUCCUCCAUCCUCUCUACUCUCCCUCUCUCCUCCCUGCCUUCUCUACUCUCCCUCUCUCCACCCUGCGUUCUCUACUCUCCAUCUCACCUCCAUCCUCUCUACUCUCCCUCUCCUCCCUGCCCUCUCCACUCUCCCUCUCUCCUCCAUCCUCUCUACCCUCCCUCUCUCCUCCCUGCCUUCUCUACUCUCCCUCUCUCCACCCUGCCUUCUCUACUCUCCCUCUCUCCUCCAUUCUCUCUACUCUCCCUCUCUCCACCCUGCGUUCUCUACUCUCCCUCUCACCUCCAUCCUCUCUACUCUCCCUCUCCUCCCUGCCCUCUCCACUCUCCCUCUCUCCUCCAUCCUCUCUACUCUCCCUCCUCCCUGCCCUCUCCACUCUCCCUCUCCUCCAUCCUCUCUACUCUCCCUCUCUCCACCCUACCUUCUCUACUCUCCCUCUCUCCACCAUCCUCUCUACUCUCCCUCUCUCCUCCCUGCCCUCUCUACUCUCCCUCUCCACCCUGCCCUCUACUCUCCCUCUCUCCUCCAUCCUCUCGUCUCUCCCUCUCUCCUCUGCCCUCUCUACUCUCCCUCUCUUCUCCCUUCCCUCUCUACUCUCCCUCUCUCCUCCAUCCUCUCUACUCUCCCUCUCUCCUCCAUCCUCUCUACACUCCCUCUCUCCUCCAUCCUCUCUACUUCCUCCCUCUCUCCUCCAUCCUCUCUACUCUCCCUCUCUCCUCCAUCCUCUCUACUCUCCUUCUCUCCUCCAUCCUCUCUACACUCCCUCUCUCCUCCAUCCUCUCUACUCCCUCCCUCUCUCCUCCAUCCUCUCUACUCUCCCUCUCUCCACCCUGCCUUCUCUACUCUCCCUCUCUCCUCCAUCCUCUCUACUCUCCCUCUCUCCUCCCUGCCUUCUCUACUCUCCCUCUCUCCACCCUGCCUUCUCUACUCUCCCUCUCUCCUCCAUCCCUCUACUCUCCCUCUCUCCACCCUGCGUUCUCUACUCUCCCUCUCUCCUCCAUCCUCUCUACUCUCCCUCUCUCCUCCAUCCUCUCUACUCUCCCUCUCUCCUCCAUCCUCUCUACUCUCCCUCUCUCCUCCAUCCUCUCUACUCUCCCUCUCUCCACCCUGCCUUCUCUACUGUCCCUCUCUCCUCCAUCCUCUCAUCUCUCCCUCUCUCCUCUCUGCCCUCUCUACUCUCCCUCUCUUCUCCCUUCCCUCUCUACUCUCCCUCUCUCCACCCUGCCUUCUCUACUCUCCCUCUCUCCUCCAUCCUCUCUACUCUCCCUCUCUCCCUCUCUCCUCUCUCCUCCCUGCCCCCUCUAAUUUUGUACUGUGAUAUUUUGUAACAGCUGUAAGUCUCACUGGAUAAGGGUGUCUGCUAAGAAAUAAAUAAUGAUAAAAGACUUUCUAGACGAUAGAUGAAUGCAUUAUUUUCCAUGUAAUCAAUAUUUACACUGAAGCUGAGAUGCUCCCUGAAUAUUAUUCAUUGCUAAACUUAGUGACCUGAUUUCUGCUAUUUUGAUAUGAAUCUUCUGUUCUGUUUUUGUAGCGCAUCUAUUUUCUAUCUUUCUUGAUAAAAUGUAUAAAAGAUAUAA